AUGCCUGCUGCUCCAAACUACAGUAUUAUGACAUUUACCCUUUGAAGGAAGCCACUCGAACUUGAAGGAAUCCACUCAAAACUUUGAUAUCACCAUUUUCGACCGCAAAAACUUUUUGCAUUGAAGAUGCAGUCGUAAGAACAACAGAAUCCCAAUUUCUGCUGAAGAAAAAUGGAGAAAGAAACAUCAAUAUAAUGCAAAUUACGAACAACGGAAUCGCGACGAAAAGGCAGCGUUCGAAGGAUUUCUUGUCGAAACAAGUGCGAUCAAGGACAAUUUGGAGCAAUUGGUUCAAGAAGUUAUGCCUGAAAAUGUGGAUCAGUUUGUAAAGAAAUCGGUGACAGUUAUGGAGACAAUCCUGCAAAAAAUCUCCAGACAUAGAGGUGGAUGUGAGAUCUUAAUUUGAGAUCCACGUAAACUUCAUGGACAAGUAUCAAGAAGCCAUGAACUACAUAUCUUGGCAGCACCAGCACGAUUUUGUCAUAGCCCAGGAGAAGCACAAAGACCUUCUACCUACCCAGGAAAGAACCUGGUCAUCGUGGAUUUGCAUAGGGGAGAGAAUUGCAAGGCAACAGCUGAAAAUUGACUGCAUCAAAAACUUGGAGAAAAUUACAACGUUGAUUGGGAAGAGGGACCUGCUUGAAGAUUGCAUGCCAUCAUCUGGAUCAAAUGCUCGAAAUCUACACCAUUUUCUUCAAGCUGAUGUUGCAAAACUGCGGAGCCCGCCGACGCUGAGCUAGUCAACAAAAUCGUCGAGCAUUUUUCAAACAACUUUCCGCACCCAGAGAAUCCUUCCGAACUUCCAACAUUUGCGUCUACGUCUUGCUCGAGACUUGAAAUCGCUCAACUUGCAGUAAAAGUUGUGAAUAAAACGUGAACUUUUCUGGCUCACCACUCCACUUCCAAAAUCAGCACAUGCCAUAGUUUUAUAAUUUAUAUAUUUCUAGUCAUUGUUUUAACUUGUUCAAAUUUUAUUUAA